AUGGGCCCGCGCACGCGCCAGAGCGCCAGUAUUCGUUCCUCGCGCAUCGUAUCACCACAACCCAUCCGCAACCUCGAUCUCGAGGAAUUCGGAGGGAUGAAUACCGGCGCACUACCACUCUCACCACCGCUCUCACCAUCCCUCUCCCCUGCCCUCUCCCCUGGAUCGCCCGUGUCGUCGUUCCGCUCAGACCCACCCUCGUUGGCUGCUGUGUCGGAGGAGCCACCACGAUCAGCGUCCCCCAUUCCAGAGAAUACGGUGCCGGCGUAUAAACAUGAAUCAGAACCAGAGCCGGAGCCAGAGCCAGAAUUGCCGCCCCCGUCCACCUCGCAACAACCCCAAGCACCCCCUCCGGCGAAAGUCGUAAAGGUUGCGGCAGCGCCGAAGCUAGUGCCACCUCCAGCCAUCAACUUCGAUACGACUCCAGUGCAGUGGAAGGGACUACCGUUGGACGCUGCCUUAUGGACGGUCGAGUCAACAGAGUUGCAGCAAACUGUUUCUCGAGCGAUACGUGCCUCGGGGCGCGAAUCGUUCGUCCGUCUCCUCACUCUCGACAACCUCGACAAAGUGCUACCCGCUGAACUGGAAAGACUAUUAGCCUCGAAGGCCAUGACACAAUCAAAGUAUCGAUUUCUAGUACAUCGACGAACAAUGCUCUUCCAAGCUCUCAAUUCGACCUCACUCGGGCAACAAAAAGAUGGAGACGAUGGGGUGUCUGUGGUUAGCAGGCUCGCGUCGCAACUGGCUGAGACCAUCACUGGGUGUGACAAGCACUUGGAGGAGCUGUUGAGGAUCAACGACCACAUAGCACAAAUAAACAGGCUCAUAGAUCUUCACUGGUCAAGCGCACUGGCCAUUGCUCUGCGAAAGCUCAAUGGUAGCUAUUCUCGUCGAGUGAAGGACGUCCAGACUGCUAAGGAGCGGAUAACGCAACUGGAAGCGGAGCUGGAGGACGCCUGGCAUGAAGCCGAGAAGAUGGCGAAGGAGCUGGAUGACUACGAGCAGGCCAUCGAGGCAGACGACACCGAAGCUGUCAUUGAGACGGCAGAGAUCGUGCCCGUGCCAAAAACUCCCAUCCAGACAAACACAUCACUGCCUCCCCUCAACCGACGUAAUUCCAUUCCGAUGACGCCCACACUGAUGGCCAUAUCCCCCAUUCCAUCGCAUACACCCCCUUCAACGACUCCGCUGUCACCGCUACCUUUGCAGACCUCCUUCGUCUUCCCGCCCCAAGUGCACCUCAAGGCGAAGGAGGCCGAGGCGCCGGAGGAUGUUCCUGACACGGUUAGUAUCCGGAGCGGACGAAGUACGCGCAGUGGGAAGAGUGGGAGGAGCCAGAACCACGUAUCGUCGGUAUAUGCGGCAAAGACGCGCAGCCAUCGAAGAUCGGAAAGCAGUCUAAGACUGAACACGCAUGUGCGCAAACACAGCGGUGCGAGCACCCCCGGUGGACGCCUACGUACACCUUACGACGACCAACCACCCGUGCCCGAGCUGCCUUCCCAAUAUUCCGCUUCUACCUCGAUCCCGACAGCUCAUGGGAAUGCGCCGCUGGGAAUGAGCAAUCACGCACAGAGUGCAGCAGAUAUCGGUGCUUCUGCAGGUGUCGCAGCCCUCAGUCGAGUAUCAACGAAUUCGUCAAAUGUCAUGCACGCGCCGUCGGCCAAUGCGUCCUCGACGGUCCUGCACCACCACUACCGCCCCGAAUUCGAAUUCGACACCCGCAUCAACCCGCACCUACGCCGGCAGGCGAGCCUUGACACCGUGUGCACGAAUGGGCGGCGGCCACCCGGCUAUGCGCAGGAGGAGGCACGGCAUGGGCGGGCAGCAGACGACCUCUAUGUUCGAGGGCACGCCCACAGGAACAGCGGCUCACUGCUGUCGUAUGAGUCCUCGAUACGCAUGGCGCAGAGCUUUGACUCAACGAUCGAGGCCGUGCCGAGGACACCACCGUACAAAGGCAACGCCCACCGGCAGAGCAGCCAACUGCACUCGGUGCUGGCGUACCAUGAGGGGUAUACGACGGGCAGGGUACCAUCGGGUGUGUUCCGGUCAGCGACGGCAUCCCCUCAUGUACCUGCGAAGGGCAUCCCCACGAUGUGGAUGAACGUGGACGCGGUGCCCAAGUCGGUGCAUCCCGCCGCCGCCCCCGUAGCAGCAGCGGGGCACUCUCGAGCGGCGACCUCACCAACGAUCGCGUCGAACUCGGGGUCAUCGCCAUCGCCUACAUCCCCGAUCGCGUUCUCCGGAAGCUCGCCUCUCGCCUCUCCUCUCUCGCCGUCAAGGAAGUUGCUCGCAAAUGCCAACGGGCAUAGCAAUGGCUGGCCAAUUGUGAAUUUGAGCAAGCUCAAGUCGUCCACGUCCAACCCCAACCUCCUCGAACCGAGCGGGAGUGUCUCGAACUCACCCUCGGCGUACCAUCCCCCAGGCCCUCCAGAGUCGUCCUAUGUCGGCUCGGAGGGCUCGGAGCAGUCGCAGAGCCACGAGCACGGACUUGGCCUGGGAUUUCUGUCCCGGCAUGCGAGCACAGCAGGAACGAGUACAGGUGCCGGUGCCGGAGCGAGGAACUCGACAUACAGCAAGCUGAGGGGCCUGACAAAGCGUUAUUCGGUGUCAUUGCCAAUGUUUAAUUCCAAGUUAGCGCAGGUGCGGUCGGCGUCGACGAGGAGGAGCGGUUGA